AGUGAUGUAGACUUGAUGAAAAAUAUGGGAAUGGAUGCAUACAGAUUCUCCAUCUCCUGGUCAAGGAUAUUCCCAAAUGGAAGUGGAGAUAUCAAUCCAGAAGGAAUAGCAUACUACAACAGCCUAAUAGAUGCUUUACUUGAAAAAGGAAUACAACCAUUUGCAACUCUAUAUCAUUGGGAUCUUCCACAGGCUCUGGAAAAUAAGUACGAUGGCUGGCUAAGCGCUCAGAUAAUAGAAGACUUUGAACAUUAUGCUUACACCUGCUUCAAAGCUUUUGGUGAUAGAGUGAAGCAUUGGAUCACCUUCAAUGAACCCCAUGGAUUCUCACUUCAAGGUUAUGAUUUUGGCAUACAAGCUCCAGGAAGAUGUUCUCUGUUACAUCACAUAAUGUGCAGAAAGGGUGAUUCAUUAACUGAACCAUAUAUGGUUGCUCACAAUAUCCUCUUGUCUCAUGCUGCUGCUUAUCACGCUUACAAGCUUCAUUUUAAGAAGCAGCAGGGCGGUUCUGUUGGCAUUUCUCUUGAUUCAAGAUGGUAUGAACCAAUAUCUGAAGCUGAUGAAGACAUUGAUGCUGCUCGCAGGGCCAUGGACUUUGAACUAGGAUGGUUCUUGGAUCCCUUAAUAUAUGGGCGUUAUCCUUACUCAAUGCAGAAACUUGUUAGCAACAGACUACCCAAAUUUACAGACGAAAUGUCCAUUUUACUAGCUGGUAGCUUAGAUUUUCUAGGUAUAAAUCACUACACAUCUUCUUAUGUUCGAAAUGAUCGUAGCAGAAUAAGAAAGUUUUUACUGAAAGAUGCUUCUGGUGAUGCUGCUGUGAUAAAAACAUCAACUCGGCAUGGAAAGGCCAUAGGUGAAAGGGCUGCUUCAAGUUGGCUGUAUAUAGUUCCUUGGGGCAUCCGCAAGUUGAUGAAUUAUAUUAAGGAAAAUUACAAGAAUACAGCCAUUUUCAUUACAGAGAAUGGGAUGGAUGAACUGAACAAUCCAUUUAUGAACCUAGAAAAGGCACUGAAGGAUGAUAAAAGGAUAAGUUACCAUAAGGAAUAUCUCUCAAAUCUAAGUGCUGCAAUAAGGGAAGAUGGCUGUGAUGUUCGAGGUUACUUCGUCUGGUCAUUGCUAGACAACUGGGAAUGGAACUCAGGCUACACAGUAAGAUUUGGACUCUACUAUGUAGACUACAAAAAUAAUCUUACCAGGAUACCAAAAGCUUCAGUACAAUGGUUUAGAGAUGCUCUAUCAAAGAAAUAAUAUCUCAAUUGUACAGGCCAAAAAGAUCACCAGCAUAAUUCUGCUUGAUAUUAUUUUAACAAUCAGUAUAGAAUUGAUACAUUGUAAUGAAUUUGUAUAGUUAUUUUAUAAAAUUUUCCACCAUAUGAUGACAAUAGCAGAAAUAACUUGUUAUAUGUUGAAUUUUAGCUUAAGGCUUCGUUUGAGACGGCUCUCUUACUACCUCUAAAAA